AUGCUAGGUCUUUUGAGGCGGCUUAGGGUUAAGACGGGCUUUGAAAAUAUAAAAUCGGGCUUCAAAACGGGCUUUGGGUCGACCGCGGCGUUCGGACAGUCGGUCGGGACAAUCGGCCGGAUGAUCGAGUCAUGGCCGCUCUUAGUACGAUCGGAACGGUCGUGGCCGGACGGAUUCGUGGUCGGCCGCUGUGGUCGGUCGGGUGAAGGUUUGGCCGAUGCUUUCUCGGCCGGACGUGGAACGUGGCUUCCCGGCUCGGACGGCGCGAUCGGCCGUGGUACGUCUUUUGGAGCAUUCUGGAGCAUAUGGGACGUGAGGAGCAUGGAGGACUUGGCGCAUGGACGCAGCUCAACUGGAUACGCAAAGGAAGAAGGAGGAAGCCAUCUUGAAGACCAGCUCGACCAUCUACUCGACCAACCGGUCGAGUUCCUCAACUCGACCGGCCAAGCUUCAACUCGAUCGAGCUGA